UACCCGUUGUUAUUGAGGGUUUAGGGUUUUACUCCAUUUUCAGCAAAAACCCUUCACAUCUUCCCCAAAAAACCCCAAAAUCUCGCAGUGAAAAACCAAAAAAAUGGGUAGCAGCCAAGCAGCAGUAUCAUUCCUCACGAACGUUGCACGCGCCGCCUUCGGUCUAGGCAUCAGCGCCACGGUUCUCAACUCCUCCCUCUACACCGUCGACGGUGGACAACGCGCCGUCCUCUUCGACAGAUUCCGUGGAGUCAUCGACGAUACCGUCGGCGAAGGAACUCAUUUCCUCGUCCCAUGGCUUCAAAAGCCUUUCAUAUUCGAUAUCCGUACUAGGCCCCACACAUUUUCCUCCGUUUCAGGCACAAAGGAUCUCCAGAUGGUCCACCUCACCCUCCGGGUCCUCUCACGCCCCGAAGUUUCACGCCUUCCCGCCAUUUUCAAAACCCUAGGUCUCGAAUACGACGAGAAAGUCCUCCCUUCGAUCGGCAACGAGGUUUUGAAAGCCGUCGUAGCUCAAUUCAACGCGGAUCAGUUACUCACGGAGCGUCCACAAGUAUCAGCUUUAGUUCGCGAGAGCUUGAUCCGACGUGCUAAGGAUUUCAACAUCGUGCUCGAUGACGUGGCAAUUACACACUUGUCAUACGGUGCGGAGUUCUCUAAAGCUGUGGAGCAGAAGCAGGUGGCUCAGCAGGAAGCGGAGCGGUCCAAGUUUGUUGUGAUGAAGGCUGAGCAAGAGAGGAGGGCAGCGAUUAUUAGGGCCGAGGGAGAGAGUGAGUCGGCUAAGUUGAUUUCGGAUGCCACUGCAGCUGCUGGUAUGGGAUUAAUUGAACUCAGGAGAAUCGAGGCGUCUAGGGAAGUUGCUGCUACCAUGGCUAAGACUCCGAACGUGGCUUACUUGCCUAAGCAAGGCAACAUGCUUCUCGGUCUCAAUGCCUCACGUUGAAUAGGUAGUCUACCUUCAUCUGUUCUUCCGAUUAUGACCAAAGUAAUGGCUUCAUUUCAGUUUUGGGGUAUAGUUCGUUUAUCCUUACAAUAGGUCCUACUUUUAGUGCAAAUUGAUUAGAUUCAUGUAUUUUACUGACUUAUGGCAUAUGUGAAUGGCUAAAUGAAAGGUGCUUCGGGAUAUAUAAACCAUUUUCACGUGGAGGGAAAAAGUUGACUUUUAUGGAAGAGAAAUGGAGUGAAUAUGUAAGACCACCAGUUUAUUCCCUUGGACCAUUGAGUGGUAAGGACUUAUUAUUAACAGCAAGCAAGGACUAAUUUUAGUUAAUUUUAGGAAUGUUGGAGUUUUUGCUCAGAAGGGGAGCCUUGGCGUAACUGGUAAAGUUGUCUCCAUGUGACCAGGAAGUCACGGGUUCAAGCCGUGGAAACAGCCUCUUGCAGGUAUGCAGGGUAAGGCUGCGUAGAAUAGACCCUUGGGGUCCGGACCCCGCACAUAGCGAGAGCUUAGUGCACCGGGCUGCCCUUUUUGGAGUUUUUGCUGAAUUUUUAUCAGAAAACUACAGCUUGUGUUUUUUGUUUUUUUCUUUGGUGGGGUUGAAAAAGAAGUGGGCACAAUCUGCUGAAUAAUCCUUGAAACUAAUUUUCAUGAACAAUUUUUGGGGAUAUUUCUUUUGUAUUGCAUUCAAAGUUUUAUUUUUGCACUGGUGAAUUGGGCAGAUAUACUAGUUGUAAGGUCCUCUAGGAGAUGUUGCUUCCGUUAGAACCAAAGAUAUUUGGAAGAGGUUUAAGCUGUAGCAAUGAUCAAAGUAUAGUUUUGUGAUUAUGCUACAGUCUGCAGUAUUUUGUCUUGUGUUUGCUUGGUGGCUUCACCAAAUACUUGUUAUAUACAAUGUCAGCUUAAUCUUUCUUGUUUGAGGUAUUCAA